GGUGAGCGGGGGGCGCGCGGCCAUUCCCACAGCUAUGAACGCUAUGGCCCGUUACUUUCUGCUGGCGCUCCUCGCCACCGUGCUGUCCCCGGGUCGGAGCUACACCCUGAGGAGCGCCGCGUCCUGGGUCCUGUCCUCCAACGAUGUGGUGGAGGACGCGGACCUGUCGGAGGAGGUGGUGGCCCCGGCGCUGCUGGUGGACGGCGCGGGGCUGUGGAAGCAGGCGUACCCGACCUCCAGUGUCCUCGGAGACGGCGGCGUUGAGAGCCCCGGGGAGCUGGGGACGCCCGAGGGGGACGGCGUGUCCCAGCUGUCCUCCAGCUUGUUCUCAUACCGGCUGGAGAAGGUGAAGAAGUCCGCCAGCGGCGCUGCUCCUCCGCCUCCACCGCACCAGGAGACCGCCCGGACCGCCCGAUACAUAGCGCACUACAGUGACUGGGGACAUGUGUCCACCAUCUCUACACAGGACAAGAUUAAAGGUCUCCCCUUUGGGAACAUCUUCUCAGUCAGCGAUGGACCAGGGGACAACAGCAGUGGAGUUAUCUACUUCUACAUGACUCCAAUGGACAACACUGUGAUAGACUUGAGAAGUAACCCGUAUGCUUCUAUCACCUUCUCAGAGGCAGAGGGGGAGUUCUGCAGGCAAAUGGUAUAUGACCCAGAGGAUCCAAGAUGUGCUCGACUCGCACUGACAGGCAAGAUGGUGGAUGUGCUGCAAGAGGAGCUCGGGUUUGCAAAGGAGGCAAUGUUCUCCAGACAUCCUGCGAUGGCAAAGUGGCCAGUGGAACACAAGUGGUUCUUCAUGAAGCUGGAGUUGAUCCAGGUGUGGCUGCAAAACUGGGUCGGGGGCGUUAAACUCAUUCCAAUCGAGGACUACUAUAAAGCUACACCCUUCUGAGAAUAUCCCUCCCUCUGCAUCAUGUCAGCCUACAGAAACAGAUCAGUCAUCUGGCUGGACCAAGUUCCUGUGUGAUUGUAUUUUAAAUCAGUGAGCUUAUUAAACUUAAAGGUAACGGUAAUCACUGCUACAAUAAACAGGCCUGCGUCAUUAAUAAAUUAUUUUUAAACAA